GCCGGGCCGGCAGCGGCACCUGCGGCGCCCGGGAGAGGCCCGGGCGCCCCGCGGCGUUGUUCUCGGACAUGGUGCAGGAGCAGCAGGACGCGAUGCACCUGCGGGGGGCGCGGCUGAAGCUCGAGGGGCGCAUGGGCCCGUCGGCGUCGCAGGCGCGCGACGCCGACACGCCCGGCUUCGGCUUCGAGACGCCGGGCUUCCCCGGGGCCAAGUCGAGCAAGUCGGCGUCGGCUGAG